AGGAGCUUUCUAGUCAUGUUGGCAACUGCUUGAAAUACAAGUCAGAGAGUGACAAUGGAAAUAACUUUCCUCAACUGCAAGAAGACCAGGAAGGAAGGCUGACCCAACUGCAGCAAAGUGAAUUAGAGGAACUAAAGAAUCGUUAUACCCAGCUCAGUAAUGUGGUUCAUCUUCUGGAAUGCCAAUUGAAGGAGACAAAAGAAGCACAAAUGAGACUUGAGACACCACUGCGUGAACAAGAAAUUAUGUAAGUUUGCUGAGAGCUGGAGAAUUAAUGAUCACUCUUGGGAAACUAGCAUGGGAAGCUAAAUUUUCGAACACUAUCUCCAAUAAUCAGUCCCUGAAUUUGUCAAUAUUUCACUUUCUUUUGGUACAACUUAAACUGACUUAAAAUAAAUCGAACAUCCAUGAGGCAGGAGCAUCACAGUCUGAGUUUCUAUCUAUUGUGCUACAUGUAUCUUGAGUUUAAAAGAGUGACCUUGACUUUGACUUUUUUUUUUCAUGAACAGCAACAACUUUCCUUCUCCCAAUUAAAAUUAUAGGUUGAGGAAGCAAGCAGGACGUUUUUGCAAUGGAACUUAUACCUGGAGAAUAGAAAAGUUCAGAGAUUGUUACCAAGAUGCCAUCAGUGGAACAAGCCCAACAAAGUACAGCCCACCAUUUUACACCAGUCUGCAUUGCGGGUACAACCUGUGCAUGCGAAUCAACAUGAAUGGUGUAGAUGAUGGUGUUGAUGAUGGUGUUGGUAAACACGUGGCGUUGUUCAUUCAUUUGAUGCGAGAUGAUCACGAUGAUUUCUUACAAUGGCCAUUUGCUAAAAAGUUCAGAUUGUCCAUCUUGAAUCAAUCUGGAGAUGAAGGGGAGCAUCAUGAUAUCAGCAAAACCCUGGUGGCUGAACCUAAAUGGAAAGCAAGUCAAAGACCAGAGGCACCGCACAACUACUAUGGAUUGGGUUACCCAAAAUUUGCCCCCAUUGAGCUGAUUUGUCAGCCACAGUACACCAAGAAUGAUACCCUGCUGGUAAAAUUUGAGAUGAUUGGUUAG